AUUAUCGUCACAUUGCACCUUCUCACUCGUUUCCACUGUCACCCAUUCGCUUGCCUUCAUCUGAAUGUUCGCGACUUUCAAUGUUUUUCGUUCUAUCUUUGUACUGUCAUUCGGCUCCCUUGGAUCGCUGAUUCGGCUGAUUCACAUAGCAAUUUGUUUUGAUAACACGCAGUUUGUGACGAUUUUCUGGUUUGAAAAAGUAUGUCUUUUUAGGAUUUUCAGAGACAAUUUCGGCAGCGAGACGAUCAACAAUGGACAGAACGUCGGACUUUCAGCAUUACUAUCUGGAGCUAUCGCCGGAUCCGGUACGAUUCGAUGCCGUAAGCCAGCUGACGAAUGUUUUCUUCGACGAUGCCAAACAGCAGGUAUUCGCCGUUCGUUCCGGUGGUGCGACGGGAAUCGUGGUCAAGAGCGCAUACGAUGCCCAGAACAUCUCCUUCUGCAUGGAAGACCGAGGUACCAUUCGGUCGAUCAAGUUUGCACCGGACAACCAAAUACUGGCCGUUCAACGGAACGAAACCGCGGUCGAGUUCGUCCCAUUCAACACAAGUAACCAGCCUAUCGUGGCCGAAAUGCUGAUCCACCAGGGCAAGAAUACAAUCUACGGAUUUGUGUGGGUUCAUGACCGACAGGUGGCGCUAAUCUCCAAUGCCGGAGUAGAAAUCUUCCAGCUGAACAUGGAGAAACGAACUCUGAAAUCGGUGAAGUCGCUGAACUCAUCGGUCAGCUGGUUCAGCUUCUGUCCAACAUCGAACUUCGCUUUACUAUCCUCAAAUAAUGGGUCGAUCUUGACGCCGGUGCUGUUGAAACCAUCUACCAUCACAAAACUCCCCCGUCUGGAACUGGGUGCUGGUCAGAGCUGUACCGGACGGGACGUAACCUUGGCUCAGCUGUACGGAACCAACGCCAUCAUGAUCCUGAAGCAGCUACAGAACCGUCAGUUCGAAGUGGUUAUCUACCUGUUGAACGGGCCCGGUUUGGCCCCACGCAAAUCGCACAUUCUUCGGCUGGGGCAGAGUGGACGCUUCGCUAUGAACAUCGUCGACGAUGUGGUGGUGGUGCAUCACCAGGCAACGGCUACCUCGAUGCUGUUCGACAUAGCCCUCGGGGGAGGCGAGAUAGAUGCCAAUUCCGGAGCGGUUAUCCACCAGCCGAUAAUACCCGCAAAAGCAAUCAAACCUUUUGCACUAGAAGUGCCGAGCAUUUCGCUUGAUGGGAAGACAGUCAAUUGCGAUCUUUAUUCACAACAUUGGGUUCUGUUCCAGCCGAACAUUGUCAUCGAUGCCAAACUGGGUUGUCUUUGGUCUGUACUGUUGAAGCUGAACUCGCUAUGCACCCUCAUCACCGAUCGGAUCCGGUUGGUGGAGUUUCUGCUGCAACGAACCGAUGGCAAGUCUGCUCUGCUGAACGUACUCAAAGAGAUGAUGAGUACCAACUAUAGCGGGACCAUGCUGCCCAUUAUCGAAAGUGUUUUCAACAAGUUGAACUCGUUGUACAAAAGUGUGCUGGACAAUGAGCUGCAAAGUCAGAUGGCCCUGAUGGCUCUCUCCAGCAAGACUGCGUCCCAAAAGCAUAUGGUCACUCCACGGGUUCUAAUCGACCAAGCCGACAUGUAUACGGCCGUGUUCUCCUGUAUCACCGAAGCCGAACAACUUGGUAAGAUCUUACUGCUCUACUUGCAUUCCCUAUCCCGUCACGGUAUUGCUCCGAGCCAUGAACUGAGCAAGCAGAUCGUAAUCGACCUGGUGAACCACAAGCAGUUCGACACACUCCAGAACCUGCUCAAGUACUCUGCGCUGAACGAAUCGAAACCGUUGGCAUGCUUCCUGCUGUCGCUGUCCAACUCGCAUCCCUCGAUUUCGCAAAUGGCACUGGACAUGCUGGCUCGUCUCAAUGCCAACGAAAUCAUUCUGGAGGUUCUGCUGGAGAAGGGACAGGUCGUGGAGGCGCUUCGGAUUGCCAAGCAAAUGCCAGGAGCGGAUUCCCUGCCGGCCAGAAAGUAUCUCGAGGCGGCGUUCAAAACCAAAGACGCGCUCGUGUUCCACUCGGUGUACAACUUCUUCCAGGCUAAGAACAUAAGGGUGCGAGGUUCGCCGGAUUUCCUGAAACAUGAACAAUGUGGGGAAUAUGUGCAACACUAUCAGACGUUGAUCAGCACGCAAUGUUUGUAAUUGUCGAAUAACUUAAAAGAGGUAUGAUCUAUUCUAAUUUUUAUUCUAAUGUGAUUUGUUUAAACCGAUUAUAUUGCAUAUACAAUUUAGCUAUUUAUUGUGA